AUGCUACCGAGUCGAUGCUUGUCUUCAACUCGAAUUCUGGUGUUCAGCAGGUCGUAUAGUGUUGCGAAAGUAAGCUUUCCUGAACACAAUGUCCUUGACAUAAUCAAGGAAAAUUUGUCAAACAAACUCUCUAGUCUAUCGGGAGUUGAUAAUAACAAGGUAUUCAACUCUAUCGACGUCACAUCAGGGUUAGAGAAAGGUGAUCUAAUCAUCCCACUUCCGAAGAUUGUGGCACACAAAGAAGACUUGGUAUCACUAGCACGAACCUGGGGGGAGAAGUUAUCGGAUCAGCCAUACAUGGCUAAGGUAGUUGCUAAUGGCCCUUUUUUACAGUUCUUCAUUGAACCACACUACUUAACUGGGAAAUUACUACCCAAAAUUUUAGAAGAAAGAGAGAGAUAUGGACAAAUCCCAUUGGUAAAAGAUAAGAAGGUGUUGAUAGAGUUCUCUUCACCCAAUAUUGCAAAACCGUUUCAUGCAGGGCAUCUAAGAUCGACCAUAAUAGGUGGGUUCUUAAGCAAUCUUUUCCAGAAUUUCGGAUGGAACGUUACAAAGAUGAAUUAUCUGGGUGACUGGGGUAAACAAUUUGGUGUCUUAGCUGUAGGAUUCGAAAGAUAUGGCGAUGAAAAAAUGCUAGAAACAGAUGCCAUAAACCAUUUAUUUGAAGUUUAUGUUAAGAUCAAUAAAGAUAUAGAAAACGAAAAGUCAUCUAAUGGGAAAAGUCUUAUUGAUGAACAAGCUAAAGAAUAUUUUUGCAAGCUAGAAAACAAUGACACAGAUGCUAUAAAACUAUGGAAGAAGUUCCGCAAUCUUUCAAUUCGGAAAUAUAAAGAAACAUACUCAAAGCUCAAUAUCGAUUAUGAUGUUUACUCUGGCGAAUCCCAAGUCUCUAAAGAAACAAUUCUUUUAGUAAACAACAUGCUACAGGCUUCUGGGCUGCUGAAAGAAUCAAAUGGAGCUAAAGUUGUGGACUUGUCUAAAGCUCAAAAAUCUCUGGGGGCUGUGGUUGUACAAAAAUCUGAUGGAGCUAGCUUGUACAUUACCAGAGAUAUAGCUGCUGCAAUAGAAAGAAAAAGAGAAUAUAAUUUCGACAAAAUGAUAUACGUAGUAGCCUCCCAACAAGAUCUCCACAUGAAACAAUUGUAUCAAAUUCUCAAGGAACUGAAAUUUGAAUGGGCAACCUCAUUGGAACACAUUAACUUUGGCAUGGUUCAAGGAAUGUCUACAAGAAAGGGUACCGUGAUAUUUCUAGAUAAUAUUCUAGAGGAAGCACAACAGCAAAUGUUAAGUGUAAUGUCGAAGAAUGACGUAAAAUUUACUCAGGUUAAAAAUCCAUCUGAAAUUGCAUACCUGAUAGGCACAUCUGCUGUUAUGAUUCAGGAUAUGCAAAGUAAAAGAAAAAACAACUAUAAAUUCAAAUGGGAGAGAAUGCUUACUUUCGAGGGUGAUACAGGCCCAUAUCUGGAAUAUGCUCAUUCCAGGCUUAAAUCUAUUGAACUCAAAAAUAAACACCUCCAUGAAAGUUUAACACCAGUUAAUUAUGAAUUGAUAGGAGAGCAAGAUGCCCUUGAUUUAGUAAGGGUAAUGAGCCGGUACCACGAAGUUCUAAAAAAAGCUCUAGAAACCAGGGAGCCAUCAACAUUGGUAACAUACUUAUUCAAGAUCGCACAUCAAGUAUCAAAAUGCUAUCGUACUGUGUGGGUAUCAGGACAACCAGAUGAUGUUGCAAAAGCCAGACUACAUCUUUUCAUGGCUUCGAGACAAAUACUAUAUAAUGGACUGAAGUUGCUGGGGGUAACACCUGUAGAUAGAAUGUAA